AUGGAUUAUCAGAACCAGGCACCGCCGUCUUCUGAACCUUCUCCUUCACCAUCUGAACGUCCUCCGGGAAUCACAUCGCCGGAGACAUCGUCGAACAAUCAGAAUCAUGAGAUUGAAGAUAUUAUGGCUUGCGUCACGGCUUUAGAAGCUGCUCUGCUUCCAUGUUUACCCGCUAGAGAGCUUCAAGCCAUUGAUCGCUCUCCUCAACCUUCUCAUCAAAUUGAUGUUGAGCGGCACGCCAGAGAUUUCAUGGAAGCUGCAAAAAAGCUUCAGCUUUAUUUCAUGGGAUUGAAGCGAGAGGAUCGCACGCCCACAAGAGCAGAAAGUCUUAAGAAGGAGAUUGCAGCAAUGGAGGAAGAGCUUAAGACAAAGGACGAGCUUAUAAAGAAACACACAAGGCUUAUCCAAGAAUCACAGAAGCUAGUGAAAGAACAGAGAGAGAAACACCGAGUGGAGCUGGAGAAAGUGUAA